UGUCGGAGAGAGACAUUCGAUUUUAAAAUCUUCCUUUCUGUUCUGUUGCAUCGGUUACCGAGACGUUUCCUCACUUUCUCUCUCUAAUUUUUUUUUUUCAAACUUUUCAAGCUCCUGAAUCUCCGACCUUCCACCGGAAGAUCCUCGCCCGAUAUUCCCUCCCAGAAUCUAGGUUUCUUCCUUUCUGCCUAUAUCCACGCUCGAUCUCCGAGAUUGUUUGCGAUCUGCUGAGUUGGAGCUGGUGAGUUGAUUCUAGAAGGAUGGAUGCGAUCGAGGAGUUGUCAGAGCUGUCCGAGUCGAUGCGGCAGGCGUCGGCUUUGCUUGCCGACGAAGACAUAGAUGAGACGUCCUCUUCCUCCUCUUCGAAGCGGCCGUCGACUUUCCUCAAUGUCGUUGCUCUCGGAAACACUGGUGCCGGUAAAUCAGCUGUAUUAAAUAGUCUAAUUGGACAUCCUGCUUUGCCAACUGGUGAAGGUGGUGCUACUCGUGCCCCCAUAUGUAUUGAUCUCAAAAGAGAUAGUUCUUUGAGCAGCAAAUCAAUAGUGUUGCAGAUUGACAGUAAACCUCAACAAGUAUCUGCAAGUGCUCUUAGGCAUUCUUUACAGGAUAGACUAAGCAAAAUUUCAAGCAAGAGUCGGAAUGAGAUAUACCUGAAGCUUCGAACAAGUACAGCACCACCUUUGAAAUUGGUUGAUUUGCCUGGUGUAGAUAAAGGAAAUCUUGAUGAUUCAUUGGUUGAAUAUGUCCAGCACAAUGAUGCAAUCUUGCUGGUUGUGAUAUCUGCAGCCCAGGCUCCUGAAGUUGCCUCAUCUAAAGCUAUCAGAAUUGCAAAAGAAUAUGAUAGUGAAUGUACUAGAACUGUUGGUGUCAUCAGUAAGAUAGAUCAAGUAGCUUCGGAACCAAAAAUCCUCGCUGCUGUUCAAGCUCUUUUGUUGAAUCAGGGACCACGAAGUACAUCUGAUAUCCCCUGGGUUGCCUUGAUUGGGCAAUCUGUUUCCAUAGCUUCUGCCCAGUCUGGAAGCGUUGGAUCUGAGAAUUCCUUGGAGACUGCAUGGCGAGCUGAGAGUGAGAGUCUAAAAUCUAUAUUGACAGGAGCUCCUCAAAACAAGUUAGGCAGAUUAGCUCUGGUGGAGACACUUGCUCACCAGAUUAGAAGUCGUAUGAAAAUCAGACUUCCUAAUCUUCUUUCAGGGCUUCAAGGGAAGUCUCAAGUUGUUCAAGAUGAGUUGGUAAGGCUUGGUGAGCAAAUGGUUCAUAGUGCUGAAGGUACAAGGGCAUUAGCACUUGAGCUUUGUCGUGAAUUUGAGGAUAAGUUUCUGCUGCAUAUUGCUGGUGGUGAGGGGGAUGGCUGGAAAGUAGUUGCAAGUUUUGAGGGCAACUUCCCCAAUAGGAUCAAACAACUUCCCUUGGAUAGACAUUUUGAUAUUAACAAUGUCAAGAGGAUUGUGUUGGAAGCAGAUGGGUAUCAACCUUACCUCAUUUCUCCAGAGAAGGGGUUAAGGUCUUUAAUAAAAGGUGUUCUUGAGCUUGCAAAAGAGCCUUCUCGUCUUUGUGUGGAUGAGGUCCACCGUGUGCUUGUUGAUAUUGUUUCAGCUGCUGCAAAUGCUACACCAGGUCUUGGAAGAUAUCCACCUUUCAAGCGAGAGGUCGUGGAAAUUGCAGUUACUGCUCUGGAGGGAUUUAAAAAUGAAUCAAAGAAUAUGGUAGUUGCACUUGUUGACAUGGAGAGGGCUUUUGUUCCCCCACAACACUUCAUUCGACUGGUGCAAAGGCGGAUGGAUAGACAGCGACGCGAGGAUGAAAUAAAGAAUCGUUCUUCUAAGAAGGCAGCUGAUGCGGAGCAAUCGAUACUUAAUAGGGCAACUAGCCCUCAAACUGGAGGCCAACAAAGUGGUGGAAACUUAAAAUCAAUGAAGGAAAAAUCAGGCCAGUCGGAUAAAGAUGCGCAGGAAGGCCCAGCAUUGAAGACUGCAGGCACUGAGGGGGAGAUAACAGCAGGAUUCAUUUUGAAGAAAAGUGCCAAAACUAAUGGGUGGAGUCGGCGAUGGUUUGUUUUGAAUGAAAAAACUGGAAAGCUUGGUUACACCAAGGCACAAGAAGAGCGACAUUUUCGUGGUGUCAUAACUUUAGAGGAAUGUAAUCUUGAAGAAAUACCAGAUGAAGAAGAGACUCCAGCAAAAAGUUCCAAAAAUAAGAAGGCUAAUGGACCUGAUGCAGGCAAAGGACCUAGUCUUGUAUUCAAGCUUACAAGCCGGGUUCCAUAUAAAACUGUUCUGAAAGCUCAUAGUGCCGUUAUCUUAAAGGCUGAAAGUUUGGCUGAUAAGACUGAAUGGUUAAACAAACUGAGAAAUGUGAUAAGUUCUAAAGGAGGUCAAGUGAAGGGGGAAUCUGCACCUACAAUACGGCAAAGUCAUUCUGAUGGUUCUCUUGAAACAAUGACUCGAAGACCGGCAGAUCCUGAAGAAGAACUCCGGUGGAUGGCUCAGGAAGUGCGUGGAUACGUUGAAGCAGUUCUAAACAGCCUUGCUGCAAAUGUCCCUAAAGCAGUUGUUCUUUGCCAAGUUGAAAAGGCCAAAGAAGACAUGCUUAAUAAAUUAUACAGUUCUAUCAGUGCCCAAAGUUCAACAAGGAUUGAAGAGCUGCUCCAGGAGGACCAUAAUGUAAAACACAGAAGGGAACGCAUUCAGAAACAAUCUUCUCUUCUUUCAAAACUUACUAGGCAACUCAGUAUCCAUGAUAAUCGAGCAGCUGCCGCCGCCGCCGCCGCGUCCAGCUACUCAAAUGGUGAAGCAGAAAGUCCAAGAACCCCUGGACCUUCCCCAGGUGAUGAGUGGAGAACUGCAUUUGACGCCGCUGCAAAUGGCCCUAGUUCGUUCUCUAGGUCUGGCUCUAGUGAGCACGGUCGUCGGCAGGGUGAGCCCAUGCAAAACGGCGAUGUGAGUUCACGAUCAAAUUCCAAUGGCCGCCGAACUCCUAAUCGAAUGGCCCCAGCACCCCCAUCGCAGCAGGGAUCUGGUUACAGGUUUUAGAUUGCUUAUAAAUUUUGCGAGCCUUAUUACAUUCAUGUAUUCUUGAUCCGACGGUUGCUUUAUUCCAUUCUAUUUCCGAGCUCUAGCAUUGUAUUAGUGGUAUAAGCAUAAUUUUUAGUCUGUAGAUAAGUAUUGUCAUUGUCGUUGUCAUAUUUCCUCUUUCCAAUCGCUUGCUAGAUUUUGAUAUGUACUGGCAAUGUUUCGACCGACACUUUUCCAUAUUAUCAUUCUCCUGGAAACAGAUGUAUUAUCUCGGACAGUAUUUGAAAAUAUAUUAUAUAUACGGAGUAUUGAUUUCCUA